AUCGCGACAGUAGCACAGGAUAGGCCUCACUGGCAGAUUCCGUCAGCGGCCCCUUGCUAUUCACAUCGAACCUUGCUCAAACAACACCAGCAGCUAGUCUGCUCUGCUCUAGCAUAAUUUGACUCGACAGAGAUAACCAAAGAUACUGCAACCCUUCCGCCUUCUUAGUACCCAAUGUGCACAUUACAUACCGCACAUCUAACUCCGGGCCAGUUACAUGUAUACAUGCAGCACCACUUUUUGCAAGAUGGAAGACUCCAGAAAAUUGUGAAAUCAACAUGAUACUUAUGAAGUUCCUCUUGACUGUAUUGGAAGAAUGUAUUUCAAGGCGACUAGUCCGUGACUCUUCCCCCCUACUGUCACGAUCUAGCAGUAUUCUUUCCGGGGAGUAUGGAAGCGAUUACUGAUAUCGAUGGAGUACAUAAAAAGGUCUCGAAGCAUCGAUUUUUGUAGCCAUCAAGCUUGCUAGCAUCCUCGCUAGAAGCACAAAGUACGUACAGGGAAUAUUUAUCGUGUUCUGAGCAGAGGCCACGGUCCACCGGUCCACCUCUGAAAAAUCCUAUAAAGACCUCGCUGUUUGAUUUACUUUCAACAGUCUUUCGACGUCUAGUGCUUUCGUUCUCUAACCCAACAUCCCAACACAUUCUUUGAAAGUUAUCCAAAGCUAGCCCAUUAACAAAAUGAUCGCUCGCAUCUCCGCUCUCUUCAUGUUUGCUCUCCUCGCUGUCGCUAGCCCCGCUCGUCGUGACAACACUGUCAAUCAGUGCAACACUAAAUCCAUCAGGUGCUGUGACUCGAUGACCGACUCCAAGUCUUCUGACUUCGAUCCUAAGCCCUUCGCUACACUCUUAAAACUCGAUGUUAGUCAGAUUACUGGCCAAAUUGGCUUCAAAUGCAGUCCUAUUACUGCUGUUGGAGUCGGUGGAGGGUCUAGCUGCAAAUCUGAGCCUGUAUGCUGCACUAACAACCAAUACGAUGGUAUUAUCAACAUUGGUUGCAGUCCGGUCAACGUUAACCUCUAAGCGGUUCGUUAGCGGGAUUGAGCGAAAGGUCACUGUUGGG